AUGACAAGUACCGUCUACCGGUUCUAUGAUAAUUUAACACGAAAGAAAACUUAUGCAACCGAUGAAUUACAUGUUUCUGAAUUAAAACGAUGUUUAACUGUAUUCGACCUUAUUAUUUUGGGUAUUGGGUCAACACUUGGAACAGGUACUUAUAUUCUUACGGGUCAAGUAGCUCAUGAAACUGCUGGACCAUCGGUUAUUCUUAGUUUUCUUAUUGCGGCUAUUGCUUCGGUUCUUGCCGGACUGUGUUAUGCUGAAUUCGGUGCACGAGCACCACGAGCUGGAAGUGCAUAUACAUAUACAUAUGUUAGUGUAGGAGAAAUUAUGGCAUUUAUUAUUGGUUGGAACAUGAUUUUAGAAUAUGUUAUAGGUGCCGCAAGUACAUCACGAGCAUUAAGUGGUUAUUUGGAUUCUCUUAUUGGUUUUCAAAUGAAAACAUUUUUUAUAAAAUAUUUACCAUUACAUGCGGGAACAUUUUCUGAAUAUGCUGAUUUGUUUGCCAUGAGUUUAUGUCUUCUUAUAACCGUUCUAUUGGUCAUCGGUAUUAAAGAAUCAGCGUUAUUAAAUAAUGUUUUCACCGGUAUUAAUCUUACUGUUAUUGCGAUUGUUGUUAUUGCUGGUUUAACUAAAGCUCAUUUACAUAAUUGGGAUAUUUCGCCAGCUGAAAUAAAGAAUAUAACCAAUACUACAGGAACCAUCGGUAGUGGUGGUUUUUUUCCAUUUGGUAUUGAAGGAACAUUAGCUGGUGCUGCAACCUGUUUCUAUGCAUUUGUUGGUUUUGAUCUUGUUGCAACAACUGGUGAAGAGACUAAAAAUCCACAACGAGCUAUUCCAAUGUCUAUUUGUUUUACAUUACUUAUUUGCUCAAUAGUUUAUUGUUCAGUAUCGAUUGUUAUUACUUUAAUGGUUCCAUAUUAUCUAAUCAAUCCUGAUGCUGUUUUACCUGAAGCUUUUCAGUAUGUUCAUUUGUCAGCAUUGAAAUAUGUCGUCGGCGUUGGUGCAUUAACAGGCAUUUUUGCGUCAUUACUUGGUUCACUUUUACCGUUACCACGUGUAUUAUAUGCAAUAGCAUCGGAUGGUUUAAUAUUUCGUUUUAUAGCUUGGAUACAUCCACGUUUACAAACACCAAUGAUAGCAACAAUUCUUGGCGGUAUUGUAUCAGCAAUAAUGGCGUUAAUAUUUGAUUUAAAGAAAUUAGUUGAAAUGAUGUCAAUUGGAACUUUACUUGCUUAUUCACUCGUAUCAAUAUCUGUUCUAUUUUUACGUUAUCAACCAGUUGACGAUCCAUUAUUACCAAAUGAUGAAUUCGCUUCUCUAUCAGUGUAUAGGCAAUUGUUUAAACCGUCCGGACGUCGUCCAACAUUCUUAUCAGCAAAAUUAACUAAAUAUCUUAUAACUUGUUUAACUAUUAAUGGUUUUAUUCUUUGUGCAAUACAAAUAUUUGCUGGACAUCAUAUCGCUAAUAAAGAUCCAACGGCGAUAAUUGUUUUAAUAAUUUUUCUUAUAACAGAAAUUUUGUUUAUUAUUGCGAUUGCAGCGCAACCAAAAAAUCAAAAAUCAAUUUAUUUUCAAACUCCUUGUGUACCAUAUGUACCUAUAUUGAGUAUACUUAUUAAUACUUAUUUAAUUCUCAAAUUAUCACCAGCAACAUGGAUCCGAUUUGGUGUAUGGAUGUUUCUGGGUUUUCUCAUCUAUGGUUUUUAUGGUUUCUGGCAUAGUUCACAACGAUUUAUUAAUGAUACACAACGUCUUCUAUCUGGUAGUACAUCAUCAUUUAACGAUUCUUGA